UAGCGGGGACGUGGUUUUUUUAUUUUUAGUGUGUUUACUUUAUUUUAGCGUGUUUUUUAUUUUUUUAGCGUGUUCCUAUUCCAAAAUGAAACAAAGUGAUGACCAUCGAGGUGGUACGCAGCAAGACUAUCAAUCUCGAGAUGGAGCUCAUGAUGGAAGCGGUGCUAGUAGUUCUCAUGGUGAACAUGGAAGCUCACAACCAGAAGUGAUUUUGACGGAGGAGUCAGAGAAGGUAGAUAUGAACGAAUUUCUGCGGCUUAAAAACAAUGAAAUUGAGAUGACGAAAAUGGAGAAACUUCUUGAGGAGAAUUCAGAGCUUCUCAAAUGCAUUGAACAAUCGCGGAGAGAAGCUUGGACGACUAUGCCUAAUAAAGUUGAUAAGGAAAUCUACACGCCUUCUAAAUUCCUUGACGAGGCCAAAGAAUGUCUCAAUGUGUAUCCGCCAAAUCUGGUACAGAGUAGUGAAAAAACUUGGCAAGGUUUUGCUUCCGCUGUAGCUCUGUUUCUUAAAGAUUUAGAAGUGAUCGAGUGGGGUGGUUCAAAAUUUGUUGGUAUAAAUCUACGAAGCUAUUCUUCAACUAUCAGUGUGGGAUAUUUUUUGGCUACUAUGGCAGCACAUUUUUGUUCCGAGAUGGAACUUUCAAUUGCUGUUGGAUGCGCUGAAGAUUGCUACGAUAAUUUCAACUAUUGCAAUUUGACCCAUAACCUAAUUGAGGAAUCCAUUGAGGAAAUUGAGAAUUACAUUAAAAAAUUGAAUAAGCUGAACAAUUCAAGAAAAUUUAUUGCGGCACACAUAGCUCCUUUUGUGGAAAAAGGAGAAUACGACCAAUCAACAAAAAUGCUUUAUUUUAAUAAAAAGAAGGUUAAAGACUCCAUUUGCGGUGUUGAAUAUUCAUUUGACUUGGAAUUUGAUGAAAAAAAGGAAGAGGAUGUUGUGGCUAGUGUUUUGAACAAAUAA